UACAAGACCGUAAUACCGACGGACUGUGGACUCCCUUUACAUGGAUCUACUAUAGCACAUUUUGAUCUGAGAUCUUCUUUAAAGCGAAUAUUUUAAACGGGCUUUCAUUUUCCCUAAACGAAGGAAACUGGAUUAAGCUUCUUCAUGCAACUUUUUUGGAAAGAAACCAGGAGCAUCUCCCCGGGAUAUAACAAAAAAUUAACCGGUGACACCUCGCUCUGUACGGUCGCUACAGGUCCCCCUUGGGAGAUGUACCAAGGCUUCCCCGGCGACCCUGACAGCGGAUCCCGUGGGAGCUCAUCACCGUCUAUAGAGUCCCAAUACCUCUCCUCGGUGGACUCUUUCGGGAGCCCGCCAACCACCAGUGCUCCACAGGAGUGUGUGUCAGCAGGAGCUGGCUUGAACAUUGUGAGCACCGGGCCCGGGUCAAGUGUUGGAGGUGAGAUGCCAGGUUCAUUUGUGCCCACUGUGACAGCCAUUACCACCAGUCAGGACCUGCAGUGGAUGGUACAACCAACCCUCAUCUCCUCUCAGGCCUCUGGACAGAGUGCGUCCACCGCCACUUCUACUAUGACCCAGCCAGUGUCGCUGGUUGACCCCUAUGACCUGCCCGGCACUAGUUACUCCACUGGCACUGGAAUGACCCCCAUGGGUUCAGACACUGCAGGGCCAGGCCCAGUACGCCAGUCUAGAGCCCGCAGCCGCCGCACUCGAGACGUGUCUGUGAGUGAAGAUGGAGAUGUUGGUGUGUUAUUAACACCAGAGGAAGAAGAGAAGAGACGUGUACGGAGAGAGAGAAACAAGUUAGCUGCAGCCAAAUGCAGAAAUCGCCGAAGAGAACUGACAGACAGACUUCAGUCGGAGACAGACAUUUUGGAGGAGGAGAAGGCAGAGUUGGAGGCAGAGAUCUCUGAGCUGCAGAAAGAGAAGGAGCGUCUGGAGUUUGUGCUGGUGGCCCAUCAGCCCAACUGUAAGUUGGUGUACCAGGAGCAGCCAUCACAAAGCUCAACACAACUGCCAGGUCCAACCUUACAGGGCCCAGUGUCCAUUGUGGGUUUGACCAUGAAGGAAGACUCAUUCUACCUGCCCCCCGCCUACCCCACCCACCCAGCGUCCGCACACUCCCAGCCUGCAGUCCAGCAGCAGCAAGUGCAGCAAGCUCCUCAGCCCGGACUAAUGCAGGAGGUAGAGUUUUCUAGUUCUUUCUAUGGCUCAAGUGAGCCAGCACCUGGUGGGCCUUGCCUUAUGGCCAGUGACAGUGGUGGUGGUAACCAUGACGGUGCGGCCAUUGGCUACAACACCUCAUACACAUCUUCAUUUGUGUUCACCUACCCAGAGGGAGCCUGCGGGGUCAGUGCCAACCAGCGGAACAGCAGUAGCGAGCAGUCGUCUGAUUCCCUGAACUCACCCUCGCUGCUUGCGCUUUGACUGAUGACACGCACACACAUACUAACAAGAUGCAUUAACAAAGUGAGGCAAGUACAAAGUACUUAGUCCUCACCGUUCCAAUGAAAAGUAUUUCUUUAACUGUCAUUGGGGUGAAGUUUGCUGAAAAAGUAGUAAAACUUCAAAACCCUCAACACACCCCACACACAUUUCUGAAGUGAAGAAAUAUUGAACAGAAAAUUGAAUAAUAGCCAUAUUCCGUUACUGAUGAACUUGAUCAUCUUGUGUACCAGUGCACACACACAAACUCAGUGUGAGUGUACACUAAAAGAUCUAAUUAUUGAGCACCAGUGCCCCAAUCUUGUUCCCUCUGUUGACUGCCUCUUUCCAGUGCAUUGGCUUUCAUCUUUCUCAUCUUCUUAUUCUCCUUUUGCUUUUGCUGGUUAUAUUAGUGCAAAUAGCAAAUAGGGUCAUAGGACACUUAGUCCAGUUAAGGGAUCUGAUUCCUACUCAUUUACUGCACUCUGCAUCUGCUCAACUUCCCCCCUGCUUUUUCAUUUGCUUGGACCUGGGAUUUGAUCAGUCUGCACUUAAACUAGUACUUUCUGCUAUUAUAUUCAACUCCGUCCGUCUGUCUACCUGCCAUGCGACCCAUCUCUACCCAUCUUUGUUUUUCCUCUUCUGUCUUUGUUUCUUCCUGUCUUCAAAGUCUUCGACCCCCGAGAGCCCGGAGACUCCUUCCAGCCCUUGGGAGCUUGAGUGAAUGCAGAGCCAACUAACUCGCCUUUUUCCAACUUCUCACAAAAGGACUGGGAUGCAACCACCUAAAGAGCUGAGUCCUGUUUGGUGAACUACGCUGCAGUAGAUGCAUCCUAUAUCAAAAGAGGACCUCUACUCUGCAUAAAGACACAAAAUCUAAGAUGGCAGCUGCUGUCUACAGCUGAGCCAAUAUUCAAUGUUCACUUAAUGAAGUGCUGGAUGAAGAAAAAAAGAGCGCUGCUUCGCAGCAAAAUGGAGAUGCCUUUAAAGGAGGAUACCCUUCAUCUGACUUUUGAAACCAAAUGAGAACACCAAGAGCCAAAUAGUGAAAUAGUGUUUGCUUUAGCAAAACAUGUUGAGAGGGAAACCUCACUGAAAAGACCUCACGCCACAGAGCCUAGGUGCAUAUUAACAAAAGUAUCUUUCCAUUAUUUGAGGAUGGCAACUUUGUUGAUGUUGCACACCAGCUCUUUUUCCAGCCUUACUGCUUACCAUUCAGAUGUGAACGAAUGCCUUUCAAGAAGACAUUUUAUGGAAACAACCUCUAAAUAUUGGGCCCAGUGGUGUCCUUUCCUUCAUCAGGAUGAGGCAGGGGUGAAUUAUUGCUGAGUGCCUCCACUCAGAGACACCAGGCCUAUUUAUUUCUUUCUUUAUAGAGGUUGUUGUAAUCAAAGGUCUAAAACAAAAAGACCACAAAAAACAGCUAAUCUUGUAAAGCAAGUAUAUGGUCUUUACCUGUGAAUUUAACUUUCUUUUCCUGUAUGUCUGAAAUGAAUAUAUUUGAGUGUUUGUUUGUGUUUUAUAGUUUUACAAUGACUUCUGUUCUCACUUGUACUGUUGCUGUUAAUUUUAAAAGGAGAGGUCUCUACAAACUGUUACCAUUAUUAUAGCAUAUUGAUUGUUUUUCUUGUAUCAUAAUUUGGCAUGUUGCGCACUAAAUUGUUUUAACCGUAACAAAAUGAAAUUAUCUGUCUAUAUCAUCAUAUAGACAUGUAUCAUGUACAUAUUUGUGCCAUGAUUGUAUUGUUUGAAUGUCUACAUUACAAAGAUUUAGUUUUGAAAAGAAUAUUUUCUAUAUAAAAGAAAAGUUUGCAUAGUGCCCUGUCCCCUAACGUGAAGCACAACGUCAGUGCCUCCAUCUCUGCGUUUGUCUUGUACAGCAUCAAACAUAAUUCAAGACAGGUUUAACGACGAUGUUAAAGGUGCUUUUGUUUGUCUGGUUUUUCUCUGUGAGGUCUGUCCCAGAGCUACUGACACCUUAAUGCCACUUAAUAUAGCAGCUGCACAAAAAGUAAACCUAGAGCAAAUGAUUGUCUUAUUACAUAUAAUUACAAAUGUUAAUGUUAAAAUAAGUUAUCAUAUUUAAUAUGCAUUACUGCUGGUAUAAACAUAUCAUUUAAUAACAUAGCUGAAUGACCUGUGCUGUGCAAUGUUGCUCCAAUGUACAUGUGCUAAAGCAAAUGUGUUAAACAGAAAAUGUAACUGUAUUUGAAUGAUAAAAUAUUUUAUUUUCAAUAAAUAAAUAAAUAUGUUUUUAUA